ACCGUUGGAUUAAUCCAUCAGAUGUUGACUUGAUGUUGAUGAAAAUGGCCUAAAAGCCAACGACCCUAGUUUUCAUGAUAUUAAUAAAGUCCACCACAAAAUCAUUCACAAUAUUUGUAGCAGUUUAACUAACAAAUCCUACAACUUGAAGACCCCUCUCCAAGUUCCUACAUAAAAUGCUUUCAUAAUUAAACUCCUUUCAAUUCAUAUGACUGAAAAUCCCUUUUCUUUCAUAUUACUAUCAUAUCAUGGGUAACUAUAUUAGCACUGCCACAUGCUUUCCAUCUGAUUCUACCGGGAAAGUAAUUCUCUGGGACGGCACAGUUCAGGAUUUCGGCGGGCCUGUGGAAGCUGCAGAGCUGAUGGUGGAGCAUCCGCAGCAAGUGGUCGUGGAGUUCAACGCUGGAGUUAAUCAAAAGAGGCUAAUCCCAUUGCCGGCAGACCAUAAACUCGACGUAAAAAAGCUUUACAUAAUGCUACCUAUGAAACGUGGGAAGCCGAUCGCGUUGUCGUCGGAGGAAGCUUGUCGUGUACUGUCGAGCGCGAAUUCGGUGUCGAGAUCAAAAUCGAUCUUAUCGUCGUCCCCGAUGUGUGUUCCUUUGUUUGCGAGGAUUUGCACUGCGGAUUAUCGUGUACUUGAAGGGAUGGGACAAAAGUUGCCGUUGCAGAAGAAGGAAAGUGCGGGCGGUGAGAGGCCGGAGGAGAUUCGAUGUUUGACGGAGUUGUUUCCAGAGAGUUCGGAAAAUCUGCCGGUGUAUUUGAAUAGGCAAUUUUCAGGCAAGGGAUGGAAACCGAGCUUGGAUACUAUAAAGGAGAAGAAGGUUGAGAGAAAGUUUAAAAUCCCACAUUGGUUGUUUUAGGUUUUUUCGAGUCAUUUUUUUGGGAUUCAUGCUGCUUAAGCCUAAUAAUAUUAUCUUGAAAAGUCAAACCCAAGUCACCUCUUUAGGAAUACAUAAUGUCCAAGCGGUUGUUUUAGUUUUAUAAACCUAGCUAAUAUUAUAGGUUAAUGCUGUAGUUUAUAUUCAUCUAAUCACAUUAUCAAUAAAC